GGCUCUCGCAGACCAAACCUUCCAUGGUAAUCGGCAUUCAAGUUUACAGGCCUUAACCUUCAAGAAGGCCUUGCACUGACACAACUUGACAGACGCAUUUUGGGUAGCAUCCACAUCACAUGCUCAACAGUCUGCAUUGUUUUUCUACUGAUUGUACAAGAAAAGUCGUUGGGACGAUGGAAUCGAGAGUUAUUUCGUUCGUGGCGCAAAUAACAACCUUACUGCUUGCAGUAACUAUUGUAAAUGGAGAUGAGUGCCAAACAUUUGCUGGAGGUGCAGUAUAUCCAAGGGAAACAAGAACAAGCAGUGGGCAUUCAUUGCAAUGGACAAAAGCCAUGAUUUCAAAACCUGCUCCAUUUUGGGAAGCAACAGCGGUGGUAGAUGGCUCAUUUAGAGACCUUAAAUUAACAGAUUAUAAAGGAAAAUACUUGGUUUUCUUCUUUUACCCUUUGGAUUUCACGUUUGUCUGUCCCACAGAGAUUUUGGCAUUUAAUGAUAGAAUUGAAGAAUUUCGAGCAUUGAAUACUGAACUUGUGGCUUGUUCAGUGGACUCUCAUUUCACACACUUAGCAUGGGUCAACACUCCCAGGAGAGAGGGUGGACUUGGGCCUUUGAUGAUACCAUUGCUCUCGGAUUUAUCUCACAAGAUUUCAACUGAUUACGGAGUCUAUUUGGAAGAUGUGGGUCACACACUUAGAGGUUUAUUCAUAAUUGAUGACAAACAAACUUUGAGGCAAAUCACAAUGAAUGAUCUGCCAGUAGGCAGAUCAGUUGAUGAAACGUUAAGACUGGUACAGGCAUUCCAGUAUACUGAUCACCAUGGCGAGGUUUGCCCAGCUGGAUGGAAACCAGGGAGUGACACGAUUAUUCCCCAUCCGGAAGAGAAGAAACUCUAUUUCGAAAAACAGAAGGAUGAAAUUUAAUAUUCUUCACCCGUUAAUGUCAAGGGAUGAUGACUGUUAAGGACCAGAUGGGUGUUCCAAUAAAUUGGGUUAACACUAUUGA